ACUCUCCCUCACUUUCAUUUUGUGGUUUAACUUUGCGCUCCACCCAUAACACACACAGACACAUUUAUUUAGUCUGUUCCCACUGAGAAAGUUAUUUCUAGCCGGAGAGGAGGAGAGCCUGUGACAGUCCAUCUCCAACCCCAACAACAACCCAAGUCUGCUUUGGAAACAGUAGUCGGUUUGCUGAGCCAGGAGCUAACCAGAAGCUCCCUCUCUCUCUCUCCGGGACACAGCAAAGGGAGAGCUCCUUCCACAACACGUCUUUAUGGCUGUGUGCAACGGAGACAGCAAGCUGGAUAUCAGCAGCAAAGAGCAGAAUGGAUCAUGUGAGGGGGCGGUGGCCAUCCUGGAUGCCGGGGCCCAGUACGGCAAGGUGAUCGACAGACGGGUGCGAGAGAUGUUUGUACGCUCUGAGAUCCUCCCUCUGGAGACCCCGGCCUUCGCCAUCAGAGAACAGGGCUACAGAGCCAUCAUCAUCUCAGGAGGUCCAGCCUCUGUGUAUGCAGAAGACGCCCCCUGGUUUGACCCGGCCAUAUUCACUAUCGGGAAGCCCGUGCUUGGGAUUUGCUAUGGGAUGCAGAUGAUGAAUAAAGUCUUUGGCGGCACCGUGCACAAAAAGAGUGUUAGGGAAGAUGGAGUCUUCAGUAUUGGACUGGACAACACUUGUUCUCUCUUCAGGGGCCUUCAGAAGGAGGAACUGGUCCUUCUGACUCACGGAGACAGUGUGGAUAAAGUGGCUGAAGGCUUUAAGGUGGUGGCCCAAUCCGGGAAUAUCAUUGCUGGGAUUGCUAACGAACAGAAGAAGCUGUACGGGACACAGUUUCACCCUGAGGUCGACUUGACGGAGAGAGGCAUCGAAAUGCUCCGUAACUUCCUGUUUGAGAUCGCAGGAUGCACGAGUAACUUUACCGUACAAAACCGCCAAGAAGUUUGCAUCAACGACAUCAAAGAGAAAGUGGGCAAAUCUAAAGUGCUGGUGCUGGUGAGCGGUGGGGUCGACUCGACAGUUUGCACAGCUCUCCUGAACAAAGCUCUGGACCAGGAGCAGGUGAUCGCAGUUCACAUCGACAAUGGCUUCAUGAGGAAGAGGGAGAGUCAGAGCGUGGAGGAGGCCCUCACCAAGCUGGGCAUCAAACUCAAAGUGGUAAACGCUGCUCACACCUUCUACAACGGAACGACAACCCUCCCCAUCUCUGAGGAGGACCGGACGCCACGAAAACGUAUCAGCAAGACUCUGAAUAUGACUACCAACCCAGAAGAGAAAAGAAAGAUUAUCGGAGAUACAUUUGUCAAAGUUGCCAAUGAAGUGAUCGGAGAGAUGAAUCUGAAGCCAGAGGAGGUCUUCCUGGCCCAGGGUACCCUGCGGCCGGAUCUCAUCGAGAGCGCUUCUCAUCUCGCCAGCGGGAAGGCGGAGGUCAUCAAAACGCACCACAACGACACCGAGCUCAUCCGCAAACUCCGAGAUGAGGGAAAAGUGAUCGAACCGCUGAAAGACUUCCACAAAGACGAGGUCAGAGCGCUGGGCCGAGAGCUGGGUCUGCCGGAGGAGAUCGUCUGCCGACACCCUUUCCCUGGUCCUGGUUUGUCCAUCCGAGUGAUUUGUGCCGAGGAGCCCUUCAUCUGUAAGGACUUUGCUGAAACAAACAACAUCCUCAAAAUCAUCACAGACUUCUCUGCCAGCAUCAAAAAGCCUCACACCUUGCUGCAGAGAGUCAAGUCGUGCAUAUCAGACGAGGAGGAGGAGAAGCUCUUGCAGAUCACCAGCCUUCAUUCACUCAAUGCCUUCCUGCUGCCCAUCAAAACUGUCGGCGUCCAGGGUGACUGCCGGUCCUACAGUUACGUGUGCGGUAUCACGAGUAAAGAGUCUCCUCACUGGGAGUCUCUCCUGUUCCUGUCCAGACUCAUCCCUCGCAUGUGCCAUAGCAUCAACAGAGUUGUUUAUGUGUUUGGGUCUCACGUGAAGGAGCCUCCCACAGACAUCACCCCCACCUUCCUGACCACAGGCGUUCUGAGCACGAUCAGACAGGCGGACUUUGUAGCUCACUCUAUCCUCCGAGAGUCUGGCUACUCCGGUAAGAUCAGCCAGAUGCCGAUCAUUUUGACCCCCCUGCACUUUGACCGUGACGCACAGCAGAAGCAGCCGUCCUGCCGGCGCUCUGUGGUGAUCCGCACCUUCAUCACCAGCGACUUCAUGACCGGCAUCCCCGCCCAGCCCGGAAACCACAUCCCAGAAGAGGUUGUGCUGAAGAUGGUGAACGAGAUCAAGAAGAUCCCAGGCAUCUCCAGAGUGAUGUACGAUCUGACCUCCAAACCCCCCGGCACCACAGAGUGGGAAUAAAACACGACACGACCGACAGGACACACACACACUCAACACACAAUGCACAAACACAUUUACAAAUAUCAGAGAGGGCUGGGGAACUUCUCUCCUUUUCUCUCCUUCCUCCCUCCCUUCCCUCACCCCCUCCCUCCCUCCCUUCCUUCCUUCCUUCCUUCCUUCCUCCUCUCUUCAACAUUCCCACGGAAGGCAGAGCGUACUGUGACGGGCGCACAUGCAAAGGCGCCACCACUCCCCCCUGGUCUUAAUAUUUUUCGGUGAUAGGGACUGAUUAAUGUUGGUUAUUGAUAAUAUAUUGUCAUUUUUGAUCCAUGUGCAUCUAUGUAUUUCCUCUGUGUGACUAUAAAAAGGUAAAAGGCUGCUUCCUGUUCCAGUCAUUUAAACGUGAGAAGCUGUGAGACUUCAGAAAGAUGUUGUACCUCAGGUUGCAUUACGGGAAGAGCUCAAAAAUAACAAAAAAACAAGCAAAAGAAAAAGUGUCAUGAAAUGAAAGAGCAGGAGAGUUUUAGUCAUUUUGUUUUAUUACACCGAAGACUAUCCUCCCUGUCCAUUUACAGCCUGUAUACUGAGCUUUUUUCUUUAAAAAAAAAAUCUGAACAGGCCUUGAUUGUGACCAAUCAAUUAAUUUUAAGCUUUUUGUUUUGCCAAAAGUAGAAUAUGCUGUGUGAUGUAUAACAUUGAGAGGAUCCGAGCCGAGCUACAUUUGUUGACUUGUUGCUGUAACGCAUGGUCAACCCCACAUUAGCUUCAGAGUGAUAAGGAGGCAGGAGGCCAAUAGAGUGGUGCAGGAAUGAGUCUUAAAACGCGGAUACGAGUUGGCAUUUGACCACUUCCAGUGUUUAGCCUGAAAUAAGUUCUGUGGUUAAAACAAGCGAAAUAGAUUUUAUUCAACGACAUAAAAUACGUCAGUAAAACGGCAGUUGCUAACAAUUGUCUAAACAAACUGCUGUACGUCAUCACAACGAACAUUAGCUGCAUUUAGCUUAGCGGUGGUGAAGUCAAGUGACCGUGCUUGUAGUUCCUUUUAUAGCUAAGUUAGCAUAGCCUAUAGAUGUCUUCUUACUUCUGCCGAUUGCAUUGAUUGAAAAUCACAACGUGGUGUUAAUUGGAGUUUAUCCUGCUGAACAAAACGUAAGUGUCAUGAACGUUUGUUUUCCACGGAGCUUAUUUUCCACUAAAUUCCAAUGGAAAAAUCCUGUUGCGUUUUGUCGAGGGAACCGUUUGCGAUGCUAACUCCCGGGUCGGAACAUAAAUAAAUAAAUCGACGCUGCACCAACUCUAUAGUGAUGGGGAACUUUUCUAUGUGCCUGUUCUUAUUGUUUCUGUUUUUUUCUUUCCAACCUGGACUCUUAAUGUGUCCAGAACAGGAGGAUAAAACACCGUUUCUCCUCGUGCUGCAAUAUGUAUGCUUUUUAUGAAGAAUAAAACAUGGCAGGAGGACUAAUUAAUAACAAAAGUACAGUAUAGUAGAGUUUAUAACCACAUUGUGUAAAUUGCUGUUGUCAUUUCAAAAUUAUUUGGCUGCUCUUUUGCUCAUGUUUUUUUUCUUCAGUUUAAUAUACAUCCUUAUUAAGUGUGUCACACUGUAGUGUCAAAGGUCAGGUUGAGAGUGUGUUUGUUGCCAUCUCUAUUGUACGUUCACUCAAAAAGGCAUUUAUUUUUCUGUUCUGAAGCACAUCAUCACCUCUAGUCUGGUCGUUUAGAGCUCAGUGAAUACAGUGCUCAGGUUUAACUGAGGUUUUAAAAGUGUAUUGUACCCCUGUAGAAGCAUUUCACUCAGUGGUUCUCAUGCCUCCAGAUUACGUCUUGGUGCCUCAUCCUCUGUUAACCUUUAGUGGCAAAACCCCCCUCCUGCAACAUUAAUGCUUUUCCUAAGUUGUCACUGUUCGGCCUUUUAUAUCUUUUUUCUCUUACAUAUUUCUCCAUGGAAAGCUUGAUACUAUUGGACACAUCAUAUGAAUUUAAUUGCAAUAUCGAUAAGAUUAAGUUAUGCAAUUCAGUAUCUUGUUUUUUGUUCCGUUUGAUCGCUCAUUCUCCUUAGUAACGUGCCUCAAACCAAGCCACUGCAUGCAGUUUCAACUAUGAUGACAUUUGUACAAUGGAAAAAUUGAGCUUUAAUAAAGAUCUCCAUGUUGAAACUUCUCACCUACAAA